AUCAGUUGGUUGCCACAACAUGUUCUAAGAUUUUCAAAAUAAAAGCUCAUUUACAAGCAGGCCUGUAAUUAUUUGGCUGAGAGGAGUCCUAGUUGGUUUCUUCAGAAAAGCUUCAAUGACAGUGCUUUUGAGGGACAAAUUAGUAAUGCCCACUAUGCAGGGCACAAUCCGGUCCAAAACGUUCAGGUCCAAAGGAGGCUGCAGGUUGUAGCAGGCUGCAUGACGCUUCAGGACACUGGCAGAGGUCGGAUAAGACUGUAAGAGUCUCUAGAAGGAUGCAGGAGACCACAGGAGGCUGCAGAAGGUUGUAGGAGGCUGUAGGUGGCUGCUGGGCUAAUUCCUGAUAAGAGGAUCAAACUCACACAGAGACACUAAGCUGUUUACACGCUGAGUUCUGCCUAUCGGACCGAAGCUUUAUGGGAGCCGGCAGUCACUCGACGAACCCAUAAAACUGGACUGACCUUUGAACCUGAAAGACGCACAGAUCAAGGAACCAUGGAUAUCGAGGACCCGUCUCCUCUGCACCGCUUCGUCAUCGCGAAACGAUCGAUCGGAUCGAUCUUCGACCAGCUUCUGGAGUUUGUGAAGAAUGGUUCUGCCUUUGUAGAUGAGGCUGUGCACAGCCAGGAUCUGGGUCAGGUGGCCGUGGAGGAGCAGAGUCUGGAGAUGCAGAGCUGUGCUACCAAACUGUCCACCAUCAGAGACGUUCUGUCACGGAGACACAUGAAGGUGGCCUUCUUUGGAAGGACGAGUAAUGGGAAGAGCACCGUCAUCAACGCCAUGCUCAGAGACCGAGUUCUGCCCAGCGGCAUCGGACACACCACCAACUGUUUCCUAAGCGUGGAAGGAACUGAUGCAGACGAGGCCUACCUGACCACUGAAGCCUCCAAUGAGAGGCACAGCGUCUAUACGGUCAACCAGCUGGCUCAUGCUCUCCACAUGGACCCGGCGCUGGACUCUGGCAGUCUGGUCCAAGUGUAUUGGCCAAAGAGUCGCUGCGCUCUUCUGAGAGAGGACCUGGUUCUGAUGGACAGUCCAGGGACAGACGUCACCCUGGAGUUGGACAGCUGGAUCGAUAAGUUCUGUUUGGACGCAGACGUCUUUGUUCUGGUGGGGAACUCAGAGUCGACGCUGAUGAACACGGAAAAACUUUUCUUCCACAAAGUCAGUGAACGAAUCUCCAAACCGAACAUCUUCAUCCUCCACAACCGCUGGGACGCCUCGGUGACGGAGCCCGGCUACAUCGAACAGGUAAGGAAACAACACAUGGAUCGCUGUGUGAGCUUCCUGUCAGAUGAGCUACGGGUGGUUGGACCGGAUGAGGCUGCUGGGAGAAUCUUCUUUAUCUCUGCCAAGGAGGUUCUGAGCUCCAGGACGCAGCGAGCGCAGGGCAUGCCUGAGACAGGGGGUGCUCUAGCUGAAGGUUUCCAUGACCGGCUGAGAGAGUUCCAGCAGUUUGAGAGGACAUUUGAGGAGUUUAUCUCUCGUUCGGCGGUCCGGACCAAAUUUGAGCAGCACACAGUGAGGGCGUGUCAGAUCACAGAAGCCAUCAAAGCAGUGAUGGACACCAUCAACAUCGCGUCAGCUGACAGGAAGAUCUGCUGCCUGGAGGACCGAGAGGAACAGCGCGACCGUCUGGACUUUGUCCGAGGACAGAUGAACCGUCUGAGUGACAGCGUUAAGGACCGGAUCAGGACUCUGACGGAUGAUGUUGCUGCCAAGGUGGCCUCGGCGCUGUUGGAUCAGAUCCAUUCUCUUCCUGUUCUGGUGGAGGAGUUCAGAGCCGACUUCAACCCGACACAAGAAACUCUGCAGCUCUACAAAGCUAAGCUGGUGCAGCACGUGGAGGAGAGGCUUGUUGGCUGUUUGGCUCAACACUGUUCCAUCAGCGUCCUCAGAGACAUCCAAGAAACCCAGAGACUCAUGAUUGACAGCGUCCGUCCUCUGGUGUCUCUCUCUGUCCAGCAACAGCUUUCUGCUCCAUCCUCCUUCUUCGAGAUGACCUAUGACCUUACCCUGCCUGCUCUCUGUGCAGACUUCAGGGAGAACAUUGACUUCCAGUUCUCUUUGGGAUGGACUGCCCUCGUCACCCGCUUCAUUGGAGCCACCAACGCCAAGCGGGCAUUGAGUGGUGGCGAGCGUGGCCUGAAGGUGAGCUCAUAUUCAGGAAGUGAGAUUUUGUUGGUGCAACCAGCUGAAAACAUGCUGCUCUAUCUGCAGGAAGGACCCUUCUUUAAGAAUGAGGCGAUGGUUACCAUAGCAACAGGCUUGGUGUCUGUCACCUCCAGGACAUCCAUGGCGGUGCUCGUGAUCGGAGGCGUGGUGUGGCGUUCUGUGGGCUGGCGUGUCAUCGCCCUCUCCAUCUCCCUGUAUGGUCUUCUCUACCUGUACGAGAGACUUACCUGGACUGAUGCCAGCAAGGAGCGAGCUCUGAAGCAGCAGUUCAUGGAGUACGCCGCUUACUGCCUCAGAGCCGUCGUGCCCGUCACCAGCUCCGCCUGCAGCCAGCAGGUGUACAAGGAGCUGACUUCGACCUUCGAACGUUUGACGCAGAGAGUGGACCUGAGCGAAGCCGAGCUGGAAGGAAGCAUCCGGCAGCUGACCUUCAGAAUCCAGAAACUGGAGAACAUCCAGAGGAAGUCCAAGGCUUUUAGGAACCGAGCGACAGAGCUGGAGGCUCAGCUGGAGGCCUUCUCUGCUCACUAUCUGCAGGCAGACUGAAGGAGAAGAAGAUGUACUGCGUUCAGGCGCCUUCAGGUCAUCAGAGAAGGGUCUGAAAGCAGCAGCAGUUUGGAUCCAAUCUUCAGAGUCCCUCUCAGAACCAGAAUCAGAUGUUUAUCAGCUGAAGGUUUAGAACAUAAAGGUCAGUGUAUGACCAAGGCUCAAUGGGAUGAAACAGUUUCUGCUGAGGAUUUCUGGUGCUGGUUCUGGGUUCUACAUCCAGUCGUUGUGUUGCCGAGACAGAUGAUAGAAGAUCAGCUUGUGCUGAGGACUCCUGGUUCAUCAUACAUCUGUUUAACUGAUGGGUUCUGAUCACUUUAGUAGAAAAUAACAGUUUUGGAUCAGACACUAUGUCGGUGACUCUGUUUCUGGAAGGGUUUGAGCCCAAAUGAUAAUCUCACCUGAGGUCCCUGGUCGGGAUCAUGAGACCUCAGGGUAAAAGUUCAUACAGUUGUCUCUCUCUCCUGAUCCAAUCUUUGUUUGUUCCUGUUUUCUUUCCUGUAAUCUUAAAGUGGUCUGGACUGACAGUUCUCCAGACCUCCUUAAGGUCUAUUUUCUUUGGACCUUGGAUUCUUGUUCACUCAGUUUCAGUUUUUUCAAUUCAAUUCAAUUCAGUUUUAUUUAUAUAGUGCCAAUUCACAACAGAUGUCAUCUCAAGGCACUUCACAAAGGGUUGGAAUGGUG